AUGUCAGGAAACAGCAGCAACAGUGUUAUUCAGGCGCAAAAACUGGUGGAUCAACUUCGGGUGGAGGCGUGCAUGGAGAGAAUAAAGAUCUCCCUGACAGCAGGAGACUUGGUGCGGUUCUGUCAGGAUCACCGGCGCAGCGACCCUCUGCUCACCGGCAUCGCUGCCUCCUCCAAUCCUUUCAAAGAUAAGAAGACCUGCGUGCUGCUUUGACUGCCUCCAGGACAGAUGAUCAACACAGAUCUCACAGACGGCAACUGCUUUUUUUUUUUACAGUCAA